GCCAGCAGCAGCAGCAGCAGCAGCAGCAAAAGACGCAAAUCCCAAGACAAGCCGCAGCAGCAUUGCUGGCCAUAUGCAGCAGGCUGCCGGCAGUGCCUGUAAGGCUCGUACAGCUGCUGCAGCAGCAGGUCCUGCAGCGCCCUCAGCAGCAGCAGCAGCAGCAGCAGCAGCAGCAGCAGGAACAACAGCAGGACGAGUCAAGCGUCUCCCAGUUGGUGGCUUGCUUCCGAGCACUAAGUCGUUUCCCCCGUCGUCUGCUAGGUGACCAAUGGACAAGCGCGGAGCAGCAGCUGGUGCAGCGGCUGCAGCAACUGCUGCAGCAGCAACAGCAAGUGCAGCAGCAGCAGCAGCAGCAAACGGAGCUGGGGCUGGAGCAGGCAGCGCAGCUCCUAUCCUCCUACGCCGCUGCUCUCAGGGAGGUACCCGAGGUGCUGCUGCUGCUGCUGCAGCAGCUGCUGACGCCGCAGCUUUCGCAGCACCGCCAGCAGCAGCAAUCUGAUAGGCCUGCUCUGGGCCUCAGCAGCUGCAUGCACUUGGCGCGCAUGCUGGAAGCUGCUGUUUGCCUCUCUCUACAUCUCCCCAAAGCUAGAGAGCAGCAGCAGCAGCAGCAGCAGCAGCAGCCGUUGCAACCGCAGCAGCAGCAGCAGCAGCAGCAGCAGCAGUCGUUGCAACCGCAGCAGCAGCAGCAGCAGCAGCAGCAGCAGCAAGUGCAGCAGCAGCAGCAGUUUCAAACAGGAAGCGGGUUUGUUUCUCUUCUGGCGGACUGUCUUUGUGAGGAGAUAUCGAUGCAACGAAAGAUGCUGUCUCUUUUGCUGGAGAGGAGACAGUCUCCUUCGCUGCAUAGCUGGGGUGAACAGCAGCAACUGCUGCUGCUGCUGCAGCAACAGCAGCAACAGCUGCCACAGCAGCAGCAGCAGCAGCAGCUGCUGCUGCAGCUGCAGCAACAGCAGCGUGGCCUCGUGGGCAUCACAGCCAUCUGCGCUACUCACCUUCAGCACCCCCGCCUAUUGGGGGAGGCGCUGCAGUUGCGCUUGCUGCUGACAGCAGCAACAGCAGCAAAGACAGUAGCAACAGAGGCAACAGCAGCAAACGAAACAGCAGCAGCAGCAGCAGCAGCGGCUACUCCUGCUGCUGCAGCACAGGCAGGAACGGCAGCAGAUCCUUCCUGCUCUUUGGCUCCAUCUGAGGACGUUCAGCUCGGCCGGUUUGUUACCUCUGUUCUUGCGAGUUGUUACUCCCCUAUGCAGCAGCAGCAGCAGCAGCAGCAGCAGCAGCAGCGGCAGCAGCAGCCGCAGCCGCAGCAGGCCUGGGACAUGCUUGUGUUCUUGCUUGGGGGACACGAAGCCGCAGCAGCAGCAGCAGCUCGCGCUGCUCUCCGCGCUGCAGCAGCGAGAGAAGAGAUUGAGGAACAGCAAGAGCCACGGCAAGGGCUUCAGCAGCAGCAGCAACAGCAGCAGCAACAGCAGCAGCUGCAGCAGGUGUGGACCAGCGAGCAGCAGCACGGGUCGCGGCCAUCGCUCCGCAUGCAGCUGGAGGUUGCAGCAGCACUAAGCAGCAGCACACUGCAGCAGGAAGUACGUAGCUGUCUGUACACCGUAGAUAUGCUGCUGCCACCGUUGCCUCUGUUGUCACUGUGCUGA